AUGUUCCGAUGGAUCACAAGAUUUUUAACAUGGUAAGAGUUUUUUUUUUCAAAUAAAUAAAUAUGUUUUCAAUUUUGAUCUAACUAGUAAAACACAGCAAAAUAUCUUCUUUUGAUUCUUCUAUUUUUCAAGGACAAUGUAGUGCAGAAAUUAUUUCAUAGACAAGAUAAGGUAAUAUCUAUUUUUUAUUAGAAAAUCAGAAAAUCAUUCUACAAAAAUAGUUUUGUAGUGAAGUAAAAAUCAAUAAUAAUUCAUUCAUGCGUAAUUUUCUUGCAAAAAAUCUUACUUCGAGAACGAAAAAAAACCGGUUAUUUUGUUAUCGCUUAAUCGACGUUUUCAAAUAUUUUCGGGUUCUCCUGAAAUAUUAUUGUUAUUAUUAUAUGUGGCUUACUGGUGAUUAGGGAAUAUUGAUUGAAUUUUUGAUCGAUAUUUGCACUUAUCUUUGUCUUUCCUCUUGUCUUAUUUAUUUACGCAAUUAUUUAACGAAACUUUUUUUUUUACGAUUUUUACGAUUUCUGUUGAAAUUGUUCUUCUACAUAUUUCAAAAUCACAAAUUUCUGCGUUUUUUUUUCGAAAAAAAAAACCAAAAAUUACUAGAGUAAGAAAAUUACAAUAAUUUUUCAUGACUGCAAACAAAAAGAUGACUCAUGCGUUUAUUUGUGACGCAACCUUUUCUCUUUUUUCAUUUUAUUUAUUUGUAAAAAAAAAGUUAGGUCAUGGUUUUUCUUGUUCCACCGAAAGAAUUCACUAUUUAUUCAACUAUUUUGUUUUAAAUUUGAUAUUUUCAGGCUUUCAAAUAUGUUGUGCUGUUUUCCGAAAAAAGACGAGCGAACUUUGAAUAUUGAAAAAGAGUUGCAGAAAGAGCGAAAAUAUUUGCGAAGGCAGAUUAAUUUAUUACUUCUGGGGUCGGGAGAAUCAGGAAAAUCGACGUUUGUAAAGCAAAUGCAAAUUAUUCAUGGAGCUGGAGAAUUUACUGCUGAUGAGGUGCGAUCUUAUCGACAGCAGAUUUAUCAGGUGAGAAAUCUGGGACUUUUGAAAAUGUGAAUUCAUUUGAUUUUUUUCAAAAAAAAUGACAACUUAUAAUUUUUGUAUUGUCGCUCCGAAAUGAUUAAAGAUGUGGAGGAGAAAACCAAAAAAUAGUAAACUUUGUAGAUUAUUCUGAUCUUUUGUAUUCCAAAAGUGAAUUUUUGGUUCUCUAGGCUACAUUUCUUUUUAUAAUAGUUCAUUUUCCACUUAUAUUCAUUCAAAACCACAACUCCCAAAAAAAUUCAAUUCUAAAUUUUUUUCAGAACGCUAUCAGUGCUAUGCGAGUUUUACUAGAUGCCCGGAACAAAUUAGGAAUCGAAUGGGAGAAACCAUCACGCCAAUCAGAUGUUCCAAAAAUCAUGCGAUUCACAGUUUCCGAUCUCCUGAAAGGUAUUGAUUUCUCAACAUUUAUCGAAAUCGCCCCGGUUAUUCGUGAUUUUUGGGAAGAUGCAGCAAUCAGAAAAACUUAUGAUCAACGCAAUCUUUUUCAAAUUGUAGGUUUUUUCAAAUUUGAAUUUUUUUAUGAUUAUAAUAUUUCAGAGUGAUUCUUGCCAAUAUUUCUUUGAACACAUUUCACGAAUAGCUCUUCCUGAUUUCUGUCCGACGAAUCGGGAUAUUUUGUUUUGCCGGAAAGCUACUCGAGGAAUAUCUGAACACAUUUUUGAGAUUAAUAAAAUCCCAUUUAGGUUAGUUUUUUUUAAAUAUGUGUUAGGGUUAUAGGGAAAAUUUUUAAAAAUUUGUUAUACAUUUGUUUUCAAACAUACCUAGAGAUUUCUUUGAAAAACCCAAAUUUUCAGAUUUAUCGAUGUUGGUGGUCAAAGAUCACAGCGUCAAAAAUGGUUUCAAUGUUUUACUGACAUCACAAGCAUUUUAUUCAUGGUUGCUAGUAACGAAUAUGAUCAAGUUAUUUUAGAAGAUCGGAGAACAAAUCGGGUUGUUGAAUCAAAAUCAGUUUUUGAAACUAUUGUGAAUAAUCGAGCAUUUUCAAAUGUUUCUAUCAUUCUUUUUAUGAACAAGAGUGAUUUAUUGAAAGGUAAGGCGGAAACGGGAGAAAUGUCUUAAAAUUAAAUGAGACUUGAUGAUGAUCAAUGUGGGAAAAACUUUUAUUAUCGGAACAAACAAUAAGAAAAAACAUCUUUCGAACCAAAAUUUUCAGUUUUCCACAUAUUACAUGCCGGGCUCAGAGCUUCUUGGUCCCAGUUUUUCUCCAAAAAUUACAUCUUUUAAAAAUUCUUUUCAGACAAGGUUCCGAAAUCGGAUAUUCGACAAUAUUUCACAGAUUACACUGGAGAUCAUUUAUCAGUUAGAGACAUUCAAUUUUUCCUAGUCGACAAAUUUGAAGCAUCACGGCGUGACAGAGCUCGACCAUUCUUUUAUCAUUUCACAACAGCUGUAGACACUGAAAAUAUUCGGCGAGUUUUCCGAGAUGUUCGAGAAAGUAUAUUGGAGCAGAAUUUGAAAACUUUGAUGAUGCAAUAA